AUGGAGGAUCACGAGAUGGCCCUCCUGAACGAGCCGGACGUAACCACGAGAAGAGGCAACAGUGCCGCGAGGGACACUACGCCAGACCUGUCGUGGUUAUCGGGCACACUAGACGUCUCCUGGAGAUCCGAAGAAGUGGACCUGGGGUCUGACCACAGCGUGAUCAGCAUCACGAUUCGAGGCUCCCGAUAUCGGGCUGUGCUGGGGAGGGCGCGGAUCACGGAUUGGGACAAGAUGAGAAAGUUUACCCAAGAACAAGAAGAGGCGUCCGAGGAAGAAUUGGGACAAGCUGAAAGAAAGCAGACCUACACCGAAUGGGCGCGGGACCAGAUGAAGGCCCUCCAAAAAUUUACCCAAGAAAUCGCAACGACGUUGCAGACACCGUACGUGGACUCCCGACUGACCCACAUGUGGGCGGCCCGGCACUCACUGACGCAGCGAUGGAAACGUCAGAGACACAAUAGAAAGCUGGCCAAGCGCAUAGCAGUCUUGAACAAACGGAUCGCCGAGCACGCGGCCAAACUAUGCAGGGAAAAUUGGCUGAAGACCUGCGAUGGCCUGCAGGGCAAGCUCUCGACGUGGAAGACGUGGUGUCUCUUGAGGCAUCUGAUCGACCCGCUGAGUAGCAAAACUGUGACCAAUCGCAACCUUACCAAAGUAUUGAACACGUACAAGGGAGACGGCCGCAGGCUCCUGGAAGACCGGAAGGCGAAGUACCUAAAGACAGAGAAGGGCCAGUACCCGAUGCCCGAUAGGUACGAAGGACCCGACAACGAAGAGCUGGACCGGCCGUUUACCAUGGCGGAACUGUGGACAGCGCUAGAUGAAAGUAACAAGAGAAGUGCACCCGGCAGGGACGCCAUAACUUACAAACUACUCGGUAACAUGAGCGGUGCAGCGGCCCGCGGCCUCCUAGAGCACAUCAACGAAGCCUGGGAGAACUCGCGGUUGCCGAAGGAAUGGAAGGACGCAGAGGUCCGCUUCAUUCCAAAGACCGGCAAGGCCCUCACGAUAGACAACAUGCGGCCAAUCUCCCUCACGUCCUGCGUGGGGAAGGUGAGGGAGCGCAUGGUCCUUCGCCGGCUGCAGAAGCAACUCGAAGAAACGAAUCAGAUGCCGGAAACGAUGUACGGCUUCAGGCAACAUCUCAGCACCCAAGACGUGAUGAUCCAACUCCACGAACUGGUCGUCAAGCAGGCAACGAGGCACGCGCCGCGCGGGAUACUUGCCCUAGAUCUGAACGGAGCGUUUGACAACGUGUCCCACGCGAGCGUGUUGCAAAAUCUGAACAAGACCAGGUGUGGCCAAAAGACAUUCGGCUACAUUAAAGAUUUCUUGUCGAACCGAACGGCUACCAUCAGGAUAGGUGAGGAGAAGUCGGACCCUGUCGAGCUCGGCGAUAGGGGCACCCCUCAGGGAUCGGUCUUGUCGCCCCUGCUCUUCAACCUGGCCCUCCUGACCCUGCCCGAUCUACUCAAGCAAAUCGAAGUUCGUCAGAAGGACUUCCGCUUGCCCAUGAGUCAUGUCGAGUAG